AUGGACGAACUGUGUUCUGAGGUCUAUCUGUCUAUCUACAUAGACACGUGCUCUUUGACCUCACGCAAAUUGCUGGAAAGCACUUGGCCCGAAUGUCUGCGGCCCGGGCUGCAUCCUACAAGACCUGCAUUCCCUGACGGUCGUCGUUGCCUCUUGUCUGCUUGUACAGUCGUCCUCCAGACUCGCACAUUGGGUCGUCAUGCCGAUCGAUUGAGCCUAUGCUUCUUUCUCUCUUGCUCUAUCUUUCUCUCUCUCUCUCUUGAUUUGGCUCUUGCUACCUCAUUCUCGCACUCUGGAGGAAGAGGUGAGCCUCUGCGAGUCUGUAUAGGCUUUUAUGCCUGCGGCAGUGUGCAUUGGCCCGAGCCGGCCUUAGGCUAG